AUGUCCUGCAACACCCAGUGCCGUCCCUGCCAGCCCUGUGGCCCCACUCCACUGGCCAACAGCUGCAAUGAGCCCUGUGUCAGGCAGUGCCAAAACUCCACUGUUGUCAUUGAGCCGCCUGCUGUGCUGGUGACCCUGCCCGGGCCCAUCCUCAGCUCCUUCCCACAGAACACUGUGGUGGGAUCCUCCACCUCUGCUGCUGUUGGCAACAUCCUCAGCUGUGACGGAGUGCCCAUCAACUCUGGGGGCUUUGAUCUCUCCUGCAUCACCAGGCGCUACGGUGGCAACAGAUGUCGUCCCUGCUAA